AUGUCUCUCCCAUCCGCUACCGCUAACGCUGCAGUUACCAACCAAUUGUUAGAGCUUCCAGACACCAACCUGGUUGCCCCAGCUGUCACUGAGGUGUCCGAGAAGGCUGCCCAAUGGCCAGCUAACGUCAGAUUGCAAAGACAAAAGAAAAUCUUGUACCAGAGACUUAAGGUCCCUCCAGCUAUCGCUCAAUUCACCAACACUUUGGACAGAAACACUGCUGCUCAAACUUUCAAGUUGUUCAACAAGUACAGACCUGAGACUUACGAACAGAAGCAGGAGAGACUCACCAGAGAGGCUGCUGCCAUCGCUGAUGGUAAGAAGAAGGAGGAUGUUUCUUCCAAGCCUUACGUUGUCAAGUUCGGUUUGAACCACGUUGUUGCUCUGAUUGAGAACAAGAAGCCAAAGUUGGUUUUGAUUGCUCACGAUGUUGAUCCUAUUGAACUCGUCGUUUUCUUGCCUGCUCUGUGCAGAAAGAUGGGUGUUCCAUACGCUAUUGUGAAGGGUAAGGCCAGAUUAGGUACCUUGAUCCACAGAAGCACCGCUACUGUUGCUGCUCUGGUCGAUGUCAAGCCAGAAGACGAGGCUGAAUUGGCCCAAUUGGUUUCUGCCAUCAACAAGAACUUCACCGAGAAGUACGAGGAAUCCAGAAAGAAGUGGGGUGGAGGUAUCUUGAGUGCUGAGUCCCAGGCUAAGGCUGCUGCCAAGGCCAAGAUCUUGGAGGAGAAAUAA